AGCUAUCACGUGAUCAUGGAUGAGUUACUCGGGUACACGAUCGUAGAACUUCCAAAGCAAAAUGUGAAAAAUAAAGAGCAAAAAAAUAUGCCGGACGGCCGAGUUUGCCCCGAUCACUUCAGGGGAUGGCUCCUCAAAUGGACGAACUACAUAAAGGGUUACCAGAGACGCUGGUUUGUGCUUUCCAAUGGUCUUUUAUCGUAUUACAGGAAUCAAGCCGAAAUGGCACACACAUGCCGCGGGACCAUCAAUUUAGCUGGAGCUUUUAUCGACACUGAAGACGCUUGUAGUUUCGUUAUCUCAAAUGGCGGUACGCAAGUUUUUCAUCUCCGCGCAUCGACCGAAGUAGAGAGACAACGAUGGGUGACAGCUCUGGAACUUGCAAAAGCCAAGGCUAUAAAAAUGCUCGAAUCAGACGAGGAGGAAGAAGGUGCAAGUGAUCAUGCGGAGAAUAUCAAGCCCCUGAGCAGUAAACUAAGCGACUUGCAGACAUGUAAUGACCUGGUGGGAAAGCAUGGCUCAGCACUUCAGAGGGCUAUCGGCGAGCUACAAGAGAUCGAAGAUAAUCACACACUUUUUAACAAGCUCAAAGCUGUCAACGAGAAGGCAACACUCUUCAGAAUAACCUCAAAUGCCAUGAUCAGUGCCUGUGCGGAAUUCUUGGAACUGGCCCAGGCACAGGAGAAGAAGUGGCAAAAAUCACUCCAGUAUGAGAGAAACCAGCGCAUCAAUCUUGAAGAGACAGUUGAAGUUCUGGGACGACAACACUAUCUCUUGGAGCGCAAAUGUCAGCGUCAGUCAGGCACUCCUGGAAUGGGACCACCUACCCAGGGUCAGACAAAUGAUGAUGACGAUGACGAGGAUGACUUCUUUGAUGCAAUAUCUGAACACCCAGAAAAACUAGGCUUUCCACACACUGAGAGCAGAGAAAGUUUACAGAGCACUGCAAGCUCCGAGGAAAGUAGCUCUCUCAGUGACUUGUCAAUACCUGCUCAAGAUGCUUUAUCGGAAACCCCUAAGACUGAAGCCAAAGUCAAGAAUGAUGUAAACAUUUGUACCACAGUAUCGACCAUUCCUGCUAUUGGGGCAUUUGGCCAUUUCUCAUCAUCGCUCUCCAUCGAUAGAACCCCUCUCAAGACUUACAGAACAUCCAUCCCACCUAGGCCAGACAUUAGCAUUAACCUCUGGAGUAUACUAAAGAAUUGUAUAGGAAAGGAGCUAACCAAAAUACCUAUGCCGGUUAACUUUAAUGAGCCGUUAUCAAUGCUCCAAAGAAUAACAGAAGAAUUAGAAUAUAGUGAGGUCCUUGACAAGGCAGCCGCCUGUACCUCCUCACUGGAACAGAUGUGCUAUGUAGCAGCAUUCACUGUGUCCUCCUACUCUACAACAAGCAAUAGAACAAAUAAGCCCUUCAACCCACUACUGGGGGAGACAUUUGAGUGUGAUCGCUCAGAAGACUAUGGAUGGAGAUCUCUGGCUGAGCAGGUCAGCCAUCACCCUCCAGCAUCAGCAUUUCAUGCAGAACACAAGGACUGGAUCUUCUGGCAAGAGUUCUCGGCCACCAGUAAGUUCCGUGGCAAAUACUUGCAGAUCAUACCUCAGGGGAUAGCGCACCUCAAGUUUAUAAAGUCUGGUAACCACUACACAUGGAGGAAAGUCACCACCACCGUGCAUAAUAUCAUUGUUGGCAAACUCUGGAUUGAUCAGUCUGGAGAAAUGGACAUUGCCAAUCACACAACCAACGAGAACUGUCACUUAAAGUAUGAUGCAUAUAACUACUUUGGGAGAGAUACCCCUCGGAAGGUCACGGGAGUUGUAACAGACUCUACCAAGACUGUGCGCUAUGUCAUAUCAGGAACUUGGGAUAACAAAAUAGAGGCAGCCAAAGUGGUCUAUUUGAAGUCCCCAGGCGUAAAGGCCCAGGGAUCAUCCUCGCAAAAGGGGCAGCCUCAAACAUUGCCUCCUGUCGUGCUGUGGAAAAGAGUUCUGCCUCCCCCUGAGAAUGAGAAGAUGUAUGCAAUGACUUCAUUCGCCAUAACCCUGAACGAGCCAGAGGACCAUGUAGCUCCCACUGACUCCAGGUUCCGACCAGACCAACGGCUAAUGGAGAAUUGUCACUGGGAGGAAGCCAAUCAGGAGAAGCUACGGAUAGAGGACCAGCAGCGGACGAGACGCCGCAAGAGGGAGCAGGAGGCAGCGGAGGCUCUAUCAGAUGGUAUCUUCUAUGAAGGGUACUCCCCUUCCUGGUUUGAGAAGAUCGUUGAUGAGCUUACAGAUAUGCCGAUGCACGUUUACAAAGGGGGUUAUUGGGAGGCUAAGGAGAAAAAGGACUGGGGUUCUUGUCCGGAUAUCUUUUGAUUAUGAUAGAAUUGGAGAGCAUUUCCGAUUGAUACUAAUCUGGAAUAGCAGCUCUGUGGGAGAGCAAUGGACAUUGAGAAAGAAAGUUUACCAAGUAAAAACACAUGGUCAUUAGGUGAUUUCUUGUCUGCCAUAUUUUUGAAGGAGCAAUAUCUUAUUGGCCACUGUUGAUCUGUUUAAAGAUUUUAUUAAAAUACACAGUGGCUUGACCCUAUUGCCAUCCUAGGGCACAAAUUUGAGUGCAUUGCUUAACUACAAAGAAAUAAAAAUCAGUUAUAGAUGAUGGUCAUGAGGUGUGCCCCGCUGUGAGAUUGAUAGGAGUAGCAUGUGGAAUAAGAAGUAGCUUGCUGGCACAAGCUAUGACUUUCAAGAUGUUACAGCACUUACUCACAGCAAGGCACCAUCCUCCACCACCUGUGAGCUUCACGUAUGGUUUUACAGGAAGGGUAUGGCUGUACACAUGGUUAAACAAAGUUAGACUAGACACCCCAAGUCCUCUUAAUACUGUGUACUGAUGUUGACUGGGCAUCCCUAUACGUAAGGUUUUACAGGAAGGGUAUGGCUGUACACAAGGUUAAACAAAGUUAGACUAGACACCCCAAAUCCUCUUAAUGCUGUGUACUGAUGUUGACUGGGCAUCCCUAUACACAUGGUUUUACAGGAAGGGUAUGGCUGUACACAGGGUUAAACAAAGUUAGACUUUACACCACAAGUCCUCUUAAUGCUGUGUACUGAAAUGAAGAAUCCAUUGCUGCAAGUGCAUGUGUUUGCCAGCUGUGAUGCGAAUGCUUUUAAUCCUACGGCUCCGUAGUUGGAGGAGGAUGAGCACUUAGAUCUAGGGGUACAACCCUGCAACUCAGAGGGGAAGUGAUGGUUGCAUAAAAUCAUAGACAUCUAAAGAACCCUCUUGCCAUACUAUCUCAUAGUGGCUAUGUUACUAUUCCACUUUCUCAGUUUGCUCUUGAUAGGUUCAUACUAUAUUGUCUCUUGAGAGAAUUAUUACAGCUCAAAAAUUCUGUUACAAAUUUAUUAAAGAAAAUUAAAAUUACUUUUUUGUCAAAAAGUAAUCUUUUGAUAUUCUGUCAAAACAUUGUCAGUGUUUUCAAAAAUAAAUCAGAUAGGUAUUAAUUUGGUCAUUGUAAAGGGUUAGUAAUAACAUUUUUAUUUUAGAGUUUAUCAAAGUGAUAUAUUUAUCACUGAAUAUUAGAUGUCACCAUUAAUGCAAAGCAAUAAACCAUGUGGAUUUGUGA